UCUCUCAUGGCUUCGAGCAAGCUAGUCAUCUGCUCCGCCAUUUUUGAAGGACCUUGGCUGUGCCUAACUUGUCUGAGAAAUAUAGUUAUUCACUUCUUGAACAAAUAUUCCCUGAGCAUCAGCAGGAGACAGAAUGUGAAGAACUAGAGGAGGAACCAGACAUGCCCUCAGGAACUCACAGUCUGGUGGACUUUCCACUCCUGGUAAAUCUCAGCCCUCUGAGCCACCAGUCCUUCACCUCCUACUGUCCCCUGGGAAGACUUCCUCCAGACCUGAAACACUCCUGCUACAUCACCUCAGGUCUCUGGACAACCAGAACCCCAAAAAUGACACAAAGUGCUCAGGGGCUCAGGUCUGGAAGGCUUCAGAUGCAGGAGACCAAAGAGCUCUUGAGAGGUUCCAGGAAGCUGUCCAACCCCACAGUCCGAGACCCACGGAGGAAAUGUGUUUGGGAGACCAUCUACGCCCACAUCGCUCCCUGGGCCUCUCCCCUGUCUUGGCUCAGUGCCUUAGCCAGGAGGAUGCUCAGCGAACAGGAGCUUGCGAAGGGAGAAGGAGAGGAGGACACAGCAGAGGAAGAAGAGGCAGUCCUGUGCCCUUCCCUUCCCAGUGAGGGAGAAUUCCUCCUGGUCGUCUACAACAAAUGCCAUAGAGUCCAGGAGGAAGGAGAGCGCUGUGAUCAGUACGAGCUGGGCAUCCCUGCUAGGACCACUACAGAGGUCUCUGACAAGUCCAAAGAGAUACAUAGAGACAAACUUAUUAGAAGACAUCAGAUCUUAGAAAGGGGCAGUGACUCAUCUCGGCCAUCCAGGGAACUCAUGUCAGAGCUGGAAGCAGCCUGA